CGAGGCCGUAGUGACGUGUUCAGUUGGGGAGUGGAGGCCGUGGCGAGUGAGCCGUAACUCAGCCAUCUUCCAAUUGUCCAGUGGUGAUAUAGCCUAGUUUGUGGAUCAAGUGUGUCAUCGCAUGAGGUUCUACAGACCCCUCUCCCAUAUGUAGCCUCAAGUAUGUCAGAAGGGGACAGCAGUGGAGAUGCCAUUCAUGGGAAACCAUCAGCAGUUAGCCGUUUCUUCACGCAGGUUGGACAGAUCUACCAGUCCUUUUUAGACAAGUCCACGCCAUAUAGCAUUAUACGGUGGAUUGUAACAUUUGUCUUUGGUGCAAUCUACAUGAUUAGAGUUUAUAUCCUGCAGGGAUGGUACAUUGUGACAUAUGCAUUGGGGAUUUACCACCUGAACCUCUUCAUUGCUUUCCUGUCUCCGAAGGUUGACCCUUCUCUAAUGGAAGAUUCAGAUGAUGGACCUGCACUACCGACGAAGCAGAAUGAAGAGUUUAGACCUUUUAUAAGAAGGCUACCAGAAUUCAAGUUCUGGCACUCUGCUACAAAAGGAAUAAUAGUAGCCAUGGUUUGCACAUUCUUUGAUGCCUUCAAUGUGCCCGUUUUCUGGCCAAUUCUGGUCAUGUACUUCAUUAUGCUCUUCUGUAUUACCAUGAAGAGGCAAAUUAAGCACAUGAUCAAGUACAGAUAUCUACCAUUCACGCAUGGGAAAAGGAUAUACAAGGGGAAGGAGGAAUCCUCAAAAGCAUUUGCCAGUUAGAGAACAUGCUACUUGGCACUCCAGGAUUAUUUUCUCCCGCCUCUUUACAUAUAAAUAUUGGACAAUAAUCGCAAGUCACGUGACUUUAUUAUUAUCAUGUUUGGUCCAACCUCUCUGAAGGGUACAUUUUAGAAGGUGAUUUAGUUUUGAGAUUAUCUUUUGGCGCUGAGACUUUGUCUUUAUAAAAUACAAACACUUUUUCCUGACCAUUUUGAUUUAAUUUAUAGGUGACUUCAUUGAAAUCUCUCUUUUGAUUGUAUACUGUAUAUGCCAGUUGCUUCAAAUGUACUUUCAUUUGUGUCAUUUGGGAGAAAAAAAUUAAAAUAUCAACCCCCCCUCUCCUCUUUACUAAAAUAGAUUUUAUUUCAAAAAUAUGAUUACCCAAAUUAUAGAAGCUUUUGGCAAGAUACUGUUGCAGUAUUAUGAUACAAUGUUGAAUAGUUGGAUAAGGCACAGCUCUCUGCUUCAUUUACAGGUCCUAACAAGGUAUUGAAAGCUUUCAUUAUUGAGGUUGGGGUUAGGGUGAGAGGGUGAUGGGAUUGGUGAAUCCAAGUUACAAGAAGAGUGAGGUAAACUUCGCAGCCUUUGAAAGCUGAAUUGUAGGAAUCAAGCAAUAUGAGAUCCCUUUCUCCUACCAUUUUAAAUCCAAAAUUUUAAAGAAAUUGACAUUUAGAUACUAUCAUUGAACUUUAAAUCUAUCAGGCCAGAUAUUAGUAAUGGACAAUAAAUCAAAUGUUAUUAAAAUUUUAUAAUAUGUACUCAAGAUUCUGAGCUUUGAACUUGGAUCUGUAACAACUUCCAAGGUCCUUGUUCCUGGGAAGUGACUUUGUUCUGUUCCUUAAGCUACUAAAGCUAUCAGCUUUCACAUAUACCAGCAGGAGGUGGUUUAAGCUUCAUCAAAGUUCCAGUAUUGUACUUGGAGACAGCUGUGCUCACAACAACUCACAAGCUCACUGUCAGGAAAGGAGUGGAUUGCAACAUGAAUGCAUGCUCCUAAGGGGUUAGAAGACUGAAAUAACAAACUAUCAAUGUUCUUGAACUUUUGGCAUUUAAUUGGCCUAAUCACUGGGACUCUGAGGUAGUAGUUGAGUAAGAUGGUGGAAUAGGGCAAUAGUAUAUAUAAAUAGGUUGUGAAUGAGCAGUAAAUCAGGACCGUUAUUGGAUUAAGCAUUUGAAAUGAAACUCCAGCUCUCUUUGGGAGUCUGUUGCUGCACCGUUGGUUGAAAAAGCACUAGGGGGUGCUCCUGGUCUACACAACAGCCAGAAAUGCCGCCUGUAAUCUGGUGAUUGCCGAAUGGAAAGUACAUACCCAUGAGUUUGUGCUGUUUUUGGCCAGAUGAGGCAUGUGUGUGAUGCCUGGCAACUUGAGUUGAUCCAUUUGAUCAUCGAUGAUCUAGUAGACCAACAUCUUCAAUUCAACAUAUUCAGGAAAAUCAGAGUUUAAAAUGCAGCUGAUUGUUCUAUCACCUUGUAUGACUUUUGAGCUCAUGACCCAGGAUCAAUGAGUUUUCCUAAUUUAUACCUUAUUGAACAAAUAGGUGUGUGUGUCUAUGUAUGUGUAGGGUGGUAUGCAUGUUAUUCUCUCCUCAGUGUGUAUAAUUUGAUUUAAAGCAGGGUUAAGAUCCCAGAAUAUUUCUGGAGUUUAUAUUUAAAAGUAUGAAAAACAGUUCAAUGCAUACCCUUUCAGGAUUCUCAUUGUCUAUGUUAACUAUAUAAAAUGUGCAUGUUGAACCUUGCUUAUCACCUGUGAAACAUGUCAAAGUCACCCACAACCUAAAAUUUUCAGAUUUUAUUUACCAUAUUUGAAGGAAGGUUCAGUAUGUUGCACAGAUCUAAGGCGUGCUCGUCUAAAGGGUGUACUGCAAAGUUGUGAGAGCAAAAUAAUACAAUGUGCCCAGAGUGUUUAUACAGAAGUUGCAAAGUUACUAUUAAACUUGACUUCAUAUUAAAAUGUCGAAUCUCGUUUGUCACCAAUGGAUUUGGAUUGUUUUUAAUGUUGUGUUGUAUUUAAAGGACAACAAUCUUUUGGGAAAUUUAAAAUCCCACCAUUAAAUUUUUCCACAUUCUCA